AUGGGUUCUAAAGCAGAUCGUCUCCACAUGCUUUUCUUCCCUUUCAUGUCUCAAGGCCACAUGCUCCCUAUGGUCGAUAUGGCCAAGAUCUUUGCCGCUCGUGGUGCCCGCGUCACCCUCCUCACUACUCAUGUUAAUGCCAACAUUAUCCGCCACAAUAUUGAUGACUCUUUCCAUCUCUACAUCAUGGCUUUUCCCUCUGCCGAAUUUGGUCUCCCUGACGGGUGCGAGAAUGAAUCCUUGAUUCAUUCUGACGACCAACACAUUAACUUCAUUAAAGCUACGUUAGCACUCCGCCAACCUUUUGACUCUGUGCUUAGAAGUCUUAGGCCUGACUGUGUCGUAACUGACAUAUUCUUGCCAUGGACAUACCAUGUUGCUAUCGCAAGAGGUAUUUUGACGCUUGUCUUUCAUGGCACCAGCAACUUCGCGGUUAGUGCCAAUAAGGCUUUCGAGCGGUGUCACUUACAAAUGGACAAGGUCGAGUCUUUUAUCUUGCCCGACCUCCCACAUCCAAUAGAAAUGUUAAAAACACAAGUCGUGGACUUGAACAACUUAGCAAGAAAUCAAACAGAUAUCAUCGAUAAGACAUUUAAUGAGGCCAAAGAGGUGUUAUCGAAGAGCUAUGGCACAUUGAUGAAUAGUUUCUAUGAGCUUGAGUCUGAAUAUGUGGACCAUUACCGCAAGAUGAAGGGAAAGGCUUGGAAUGUUGGCCCAGUUUCUCUAUGCAACAAGGAGGUGAUCAAAAAGUCAACAAGAGGUGGGAAGUAUCCAACAUCUGUUAACGAGUGCUUGAAAUGGCUUGACAAAAGAUCUGUAGGCACGGUCGUGUACAUAUGCUUUGGAAGUGGUAGUUUUUUCUCUGUGGAACAAUUGAGAGAAAUAGCACUUGGGCUCGAGGCAUCAAUGCAUUCAUUUGUUUGGGUGGUGCAAAAUAAGGGCAAUGAUUGGAUUCCAAAGGGAUAUGAAGAAAGAAUUAAAGACCUUGGGAUGGUAAUAAAAGGAUGGGCCCCACAACUAUUGAUCCUAAAUCAUGAUGCGGUUGGAGGAUUUGUGACUCAUUGUGGGUGGAAUUCUUGUUUAGAAGGGAUCAGUGCAGGGUUGCCCAUGGUAACAUGGCCAUUGUUUGCAGAUCAAUUUUAUAAUGAAAAGCUUUUGGUAGAUAUAUUGAAGGUUGGGAUAAUGGUGGGCUCAAAAGUGUAUACUUCCAAUGCAAAGAUGAGGCCGAUUGUGGAGGCUGCAGCACUUACAACAGCUAUUAGGAGGUUGAUGGGGGAUGGGAUAGAGGGUGAGAAGAGAAGGAGGAGGGCAAAGGAGCUUGGCGAGAUGGCGAAAAGAGCUGUGGAUAAGGGAGGGUCAUCUUAUGAGGAGAUUAGAAAUUUGAUGCAUGAACUAAUUGAACGAAAGAAACAUGUGUAG